AUGGAGAACACUGCGCAAACACCAAAAGCUCUAACGAGCUUCCUCAAUCAGAAUACGUUCGCUGCAUUUUCAGCCAUUAAACUCAACGAGAACAACUACAAAACAUGGAAGAAGCAAGCACUAGCAUGCAUAAAGGUGAACAAGUUUCAAAGUCAUCUUGAUCCAAGGAUGGUACCUGCUAGGUUUAGCUCAGAAUCAGACAGACAUGAAGGAAUCGAAGCUCAAAGCUACACAAACUGGGAAGUGCAAGAUCAGUGCCUUGUGGCUUGGUUAACAGCAACAAUGGAGUCUAACUUUGUCAACCGUGUAAUUGAAGUCAAAUCGAGGAUUAAGCAGCUCAAGACUCAGUUAAAGACACUCAAGAAGCACGGUUCUCCAGUAACCGAAUACAUGGCGAAGAUCAAUCAAGUUGCUGAUGCACUUAGUGCACUUGGAGCUCCACUAACCAAGGACGAGUAUAUUGAAGCUGCACUGGGAGGGCUUGACGAAGAAUACAAUAUUUUUAUCACCGUGGCAACAGCAAGGAUUGAAGAGACGUCAGAAAGCGAGUUUGAAUCUCAGUUGCUCGCUCAAGAAGAAUUAGUUGACAAGUUUAGAAGGACAGAGCUAGGAUCAGUUCAGGCAAACAUUGCUCAAAGAGAAGAUACUCCAGAAAAAUUUCAAGGAAGAGGGUUCAACAACUACCGAGGAGGUUUUCGAGGCUCAAGAGGCAGAGACUAUUUCAGAGGCACAGGAAGGUCAACAUGGUGGCAGGGCAGUAGGCCACAAUGCCAACUUUGUGAAAACUUGGCCAUACAGUAG